CUUCUGCGAGUAAGCUGGUUUCAAUGUCAUUAGCGAAAAGCAGCUCCGUCGAGGCCCGCGGGGCAUCACCAGUAAGAAGCCUCGCCGCAAUAUAACUGUAAUCCCCAGCGAUUCUCUUCCACCGUGGCCGAAAAUGUCAGAAAGAACGGGAGCAUAUAUUCACGAAGCUCAAUUUGUGUAAUUGCUUAUAGCACCAUGAAGAAUGUUGUUGAGUUCUAUGAUCUGGGAGGACAGUGGGUUUCAGUUAAUUUCUCUGUUGGGAAUGCAUCAGAUCACAUACCAGAUUCGCAGCUCUGAUGCUAAAGAGAAAGUAAAGCAUGUAAUUUGGACAACUGAAAUGGAUAAUUGCCUCACCAAGAUACUAGCUGAGCAAGUGAGAAAGGGGAACAAAGUAGAUAAUGUCUUGAAGCCUGUGGCAUUUACAGCUUCUGUGAAAGAAUUAAAUGAAAAACUCCAUCUUGAUUUAACCAAAGACCAUGUUAAAAAUCGGCUGAAAACAUGGAGGAAGCAGUUUGGAAUUUUGAAGAAACUCCUUGCUCAUAGAGGGUUUGAGUGGGAUAAUGCACAAAAGAUGGUUGUUGCCGAAAAUUCUGUGUGGAAUGACUACAUCAGGGAAAAUCCAGAUGCUCGAAUGUUUCGAGCAAAGCUCAUAGAGAAUUAUGAUGAAUUAUGUCUUAUCAUUGGCAAUGAUCAAGCAAUAGCAAGCUGCUCUGACAAUGCUGCAGAAAUUAAUGUAGACUUGACUAUUGAUAGAAGGGAUUCAGAUCCUGCUACUGGCUCUGAAAUCAGAAAUGUUGGAAACAAGCCGGAAAAAGUAAGGUGGACUGAAGAAAUGGAUGAUUUCCUUGGCAAGAUUCUCGUGGGCCAAGUGAAUAAAGGGAAUAAAGUGGAUAAAACCUUGCAGACAGAAGCAUAUGAGGUAGCUGUUUCAGCCAUAAGUACCAAGUUUGGGCCUCAUAUAACGAAAGACCACAUUAAAAAUCGCCUUAAAACUUUGAAGAAACAGUAUGGACUAAUUAAGCAACUGCUAUCUCAUAAUGGGUUUGAGUGGGAUCAAACGAGGAAGAUGAUUUCUGCAAAUGAUUCUACAUGGAACCACUAUAUCAAGAAACAUCCAGAUGCCAGAAAUUUUCGUGCUAGAGUAAUUGAGAAUUAUGAACAAUUGUGCACUAUUUUUGGCCAUUCUAAGGAGCCUCUGGAGGCUAGCAGCGUCUCCCCAUCUCAAGUUGAUAAUGGUGUUAAAGAUCAAGAGAAGCAUAUGAGGUGGUCCAGUGAAAGGGAUAUCUGGUGGACAAGCGAAAUGGAUGCCUAUCUAAGUGCAAUUCUUGUGGAGCAAAUUAAGCUUGGUAACAAAUGUAAAAUUGAGAACAAAUUAAUGCCUGCUGCUUAUGAAGCAGCUGCAUUGGCCAUGAACGAAAGAUUUGAUCUUGAUUUGACCAAAGAUCAAAUAAAAAAUCGUCUCAAAACAUGGACAAAGCAGUAUGAAAUUUUGAAAGAACUUCUAGAUCAGAGUGGCUUUGAGUGGGACGAGAAAAGGAAGAUGGUCAAUGCAGCUGACUCAGCAUGGAAUGAUUACAUUAAGCAGAUCAAUCCAGAUGCUCAGAUUCUUAAAGGACGAGCUAUCAAAAACUACAAUGAAUUGUCCAUCAUUAUCGGUGACAAUGAUCCACCUGAUAGUUCUCUAAUUGCAAACUUGGGUUUGACUACAAAUGAUGAAGUUAUGGAUGGUCAAGAGGCAUUUUACCAUGAAACUGACAGUGCAAAGGAAAAAGGUAAAUAUGUUUUAUGGACAGAUGAAAUGGAUCGUUGCUUAACACAACUGCUGGUCAAGCAAGUAGUGAUGGGCAAUAAGCUUGAGAAGAAUUUUAAGAGCUCAGCUUAUUUGACUGCCGUAACAGCUAUAAAUGAGAAAUUUGGGCUAGAUUUGACAAAGGAAAACGUUAGAAACAGGUUGAAAACAUGGAAGAAACAGCAUUACAGUGUGAAGGAAAUGCUUUCUCAUGGUGGAUUUGAGUGGGAUGACGAGCGUAAGAUUGUUGUUGCAAAUGACUUAACAUGGAAAGAAUACAUAAAGAAACAUCCAGAUGCUAGGCAUUUGCGAGACAGGCGAAUUGAAAAUUACAACGAAUUAGGUGUGAUUGUUGGCAAUGAGCAACCAAAUGGACAUUGGUCUGCAACUUGUGAGAGACUAGAAGUAAUUCCUGCUCUGAGCUGUGAAGAACAUGUUCCUGCCCUGAACUGUGAGGAACAUGCUGAAACUCCGGCUCCGAUGCUGUCUAUUGACGAGACGAGCCAUGAUAAAGAGAGUGACGAAAUGCAAGGCUCCUCAGAACAGACAAGGGCAAAGCCUUCAUCAUCAUCACAGUCCAAACAGCCAUCAAGGAAGAGACGUUCUAGUGAUGCUAUGCUGGAAAUGAUGAGUGUUAUUGCUGUUGAUAUCGGUAGGAUAGCUGAUGCAUUGACUGAAAGUAACAAGACUUCGUACCUGGAUGAAGUUUUUGAAACAGUACAAAAUAUUCCUGACUUUGAUGAUGAUCUCAUCAUUGAAGCCUGUGAAUACUUGUGUUUUGAUGACAAGAAGGCAUUGAUGUUUAUGAAAUUAGAUGAGAGACUAAGAAAAAAGUGGUUGUUAAAACGGUUGCGAGGGCAAUCUAGUUGAAGAAUGUGACAGUUCUUGUGGAUUAGGUUUUUUGUAUAUAUAUCUUCCUUUGUGACAGCAUAGGUGAAUACUCAUUAGUCAUUCCAUUGUUAUUGUUGUUGAGAAAUAAAAAAAAAAUUAUAAAUUA